CAGAGAGAUCGUAGGUGCUUUGAUUAGUUUUAAGAAUCUUGGAGAGUGGGUCCUCUUAGGUGUAGAGUCAAAAUAGUCAAUGAAUCACUUUUGUUUGUUCGUCUCAAAAUUGAGUGAAGAAAGAAAUUGAGAGAGCAUAGCAUAGCAUAUAGCAGUCGAAACUCUUCACAAAGAAGAAGAAGAAGAAGAAGAAGAAGAAAUGUUAUCAUCAUCAGUGUUGUCUUCAACUGGAACUGUAACCGCACGAACCACUGUAUCUCCGCUCAACAACUGCAUCAGAAUCAGAAGAACAGAUCCAUCAUCAUCACUCACUUUCUCUCACCGCACCUUCAAUCCUCUAUGCCUCCGAUCCUCCUUCACUCCCCAUUACGGAAUCAAAAUCGCCGAUAACUCCAAAACAAGAAGCAUCACAGGAGGGUUUCGUGUCCAUUCCUAUGUUUCUUCUCCUUUCACUACUCCUAAUUUGCAAUGGAUCUCCGCUGUUUCUGCUCUGAUUUUAAUACUGGCAAGGGGCACUACUGUACCAAAAUCAUUUAUUGUUCCAUUAUUCGCUCUCCAAGCACCGGCAGGUGUCUUUGCCUGGAUAAAAGGUAGAUAUGGUGUAUGGUCAGCAUUCUUGGCACUUGUGGUCCGUCUCUUCUUUCAUAUUCCUGGUGAACUUGAGUUGCCAUUUAUAGCAUUACUCUUGGUGAUUGUAGCUCCUCAUGAGGCUGUGAGAUUAAGGGACACAAAAGAAGGUGCUGUAAUUUCUUUAUUGAUUGCGGUGUAUUUGGCUUUCCAGCAUUUCUCAAGAACAAGCUUGCAGAAAUCAUUUGACCAAGGUUCAAUUAUUGCCACCUUAGCAGUCAUCAGUAUCACUGUUACAUCUUUGGUGCUUCUUAUUUAAGUUGGAUUUGAAAUUAUUUACGUCAAUAGUAUAUUGUAAAUAAGAAUAAUACCUGUUGAAAUGUUGAUAUUAUUUCGAUAUGUAUUAUGUAACAUGUUUGACACUCAAUCAUUUACCUUUUAUUACUUACUUAAAUAAUGGAGUUAAAAUAAGUAUUUAUUAUUAGGAACUUGUAGACUAUAGUAUUUAGUACAUGAUAUUCUGUAUAUAUUGUAGUAUAGAGGGAGUGACCGAAGCUAGUUUUUGGCUUUGGAUUGUUAUGAUAAAGAACUCUACCUCUGACAUGAGGGUUCCGUGCUUUUGUUGUGUAGAUUGCAAUGAGCAUAUAUAUAAAAUGCUGUUUUUAAA